UGUACUCUAUGGUUUAUUGGCCAUCAACCAGCCUUCAAUCUUGUAAGCCUUAGCCUCUAUAAUGUAUGUAGAGACCGGUAACCAAUUUGCUUCAUAGUUACCUUACGUUUUGUGCUCCACCAAGAUGCUUAUUGGCUGGCUUCAUUUAUUGAAAAGGAGGUUGAAGUCAUUAUGGGAACGUCCAGGCCACUGAAACUGCCACCAUGGUACCAACAUUAUAUGGAAGUACGUCGGUACGAAAUUGAAUGUUUCCGUGCAGCGAGAACACUUCGGGACCGUUUGAUACGCGAUGAGCAACGGUACUUAGAUUACGCUUCGGACCGCUACAUGCAGCGACGUAUGGCAGGCAGAUCGGUAGUGCAACCACAUAUGGAAUCGGUUAGAACGGAAUUGAAACAUCUGACGUUGAAAGGAACGGACAAAUCACGGACAAAGAGAGGCAGACUUGUGCAAUCAACGAUACCCAAACGAUUACCAAGUAAUAACAAUGGUGGUCUAAAAUAUCCAUCAUUCUUAUUUGAGGAUAUAAUUAUGAAAAACGACCGUUAUAAACAGGAGGCUUCAGUACAACUUUCCUCACCACGUAUCCAAAAAUGUCAGCCGCCUGAGCCUACGGCGACCUGUGACGAUUACUCCAAAAGGAAGUACACGCAAAUAAAUGACAGAGUAGUGGUCACAAAGGAGACGAUGGUAGGAUUAGCCCAAAAAUAAAAGACAAUCAAAAUGCUAACACCCAUGAUAACUUUACUACAGACAUUGCUUCUCUUCCAGAUAAUACGAAAACGAAAAUAAGUAUUAAGCGGGAUAAGAGAAAGGAGAAAUUCAAAGAAAAUUUAAGAAAGAAUAAUUAUAUUAAUGAUUUGGACGCUUUUGAAAUGCAAACACAAUCAGGCCAAGAAAAAAAAUGCCGACAAUCCUGUCCUUACUAAAAACAAAUGUUUGGAAUAAGUUUACUACUGUUGUACCGUAAAACGUCUAAUAGAAACCUGACCCUGGGUUGCUAUGACUUUGUUUUUUAGUGUAGGUUGCGAUUAAAGUAUGGGUUAAUACAGAGUACACUGGGUCACUAUUAUUAAGCAUAAACCAGAUAGGAAAACAAUAACCCUCCUUUUUUCUGUCGACAACUCACAUUACUAACAAAAUUGAAGAUUUCAUUCAAAACAAAUCGAAUACUGUAAGAAUUCUCACUCUUAUACAUUGUCAUUUAGGUAUAUAAUUGUGUAUGAAGUUUUGGCAUUCCAAUAGUAACUCAACUAUGCUACUAUUAGAGUGAAUAUUGAUCAUUUUUAUUGAAUAUCUUGAUUUGAUGUGGUGUGUUUGUUGUGAAUAUCUAUGAUAAUUUCGUCAUAAUAACCUUAAUUAUUUUAAAACAGAAAAGAAUAUAUAUAUAUAUAUGUAUUUAUAUAUAUAUAUAUAUACUGUAUAUAUAUUUAUACAUAUAUAUAUAUAUAUAUAGGCCUAUGUAUGUAUAUAAAUAAUGGAACGACAUACAAUUAUUAAAGACGAAUAUUUUGGACACGACUGUUUCCUCUCAGCGUUGGUCAUAUGAAUGAGAAAUACAAACACACUUUUUUCAUACAACUGAAAUAAGGGAACUUUUCGUUGAUGAACUAUGCCUGUUUCGUUGAUGAACUAUUCUAUUGUGUGUAUGUAGGGGUGAAGGGUAUGUGCUACACUGUACUGUAUCCACUACUGGAUCUACUACGAAUUUAAUAAUAUAACACUGGUGUAGUGUAAACGUUUAUAUUUAUAAUUAACAUAAUAAUAUGCCUAUACAUAAUAUAAAACAAUAUUAUUAUAUAAUGUUGAGGCAAUACCAAAUAUGCAGG